CAUCUACAGAGACUUAUUUAUACGGCUUAGGGAAAUUUCCUCUCUUCGUCAAUCGGCCAUUUAUAUUGUGUAAUUUUCCGUGUUGAAGGCAAAUUGUCUCCCAAAACGUGGUUUAUUCCUGUUAACGCGUAAAGGAGCGCUAGAAAGGCAUGUCGCAGAGCAAAUUGCACGAGUUUGCCGGCAAGUUCGGAAAGGGUGGUCCUCCGGGAGCUUCCAUAGCCCUGAAAGUGGCCGUCACACUGGGUGCCGCCGCUUACGGCGUGGCCCAGUCCAUGUACACGGUGGAGGGCGGCCACCGAGCGAUCAUCUUCAGCCGUCUGGGCGGCGUGCAGAAGGAGAUCUACUCCGAGGGGCUCCACUUCCGCAUUCCCUGGUUCCAGUACCCCAUCAUCUAUGAUAUCCGGUCACGGCCUCGCAAGAUCUCCUCGCCCACAGGCUCCAAGGAUCUGCAGAUGGUGAACAUCUCGCUGCGAGUGCUCUCGCGGCCCGACGCGCAGAGUCUACCCGUGAUGUACCGGCAGCUUGGCCUGGACUACGACGAGAAGGUGCUGCCCUCGAUCUGCAAUGAGGUGCUGAAGAGCGUGGUGGCCAAGUUCAAUGCCUCGCAGCUCAUCACACAGCGCCAACAAGUUUCUCUUCUCAUCCGGCGAGAGCUCGUAGAGCGCGCUCGGGACUUCAACAUCAUCCUGGACGAUGUGUCGCUGACGGAGCUGAGCUUCGGCAAGGAAUACACGGCGGCCGUGGAGGCCAAGCAGGUGGCCCAGCAGGAGGCGCAGCGAGCGGCGUUCUUCGUGGAGCGCGCCAAGAUGGAGAAGCAGCAGAAGAUCGUUCAGGCCGAGGGUGAAGCCGAGGCCGCAAAGAUGUUGGGUCAGGCCGUGAGCCAGAAUCCGGGUUAUCUGAAGCUGCGCAAGAUCCGCGCCGCACAGAGCAUUGCGCGCACGAUCGCCGGUGCCCAGAAUAAGGUGUACCUCAGCGGAAACAGCCUGAUGCUCAACAUCCAGGACAAUGCCUUCGACUCAAUGGUUGAUCGGGUGAAGGCGAAGAAGUAGCAAUUAGCCAGCGAUGCGUCUGCAUUUAAGGAGGAAGAUUCUGUUGUAGAUCGCCAUAGUCAUGAUAAUCCAGCGUAAAAUACAGUUUUUGAGGGAA